CCGGGAGAAGCUGGUAUGUCCUUCCGCACUUGCCGUAGGUUCCCGGCUCGCCCGACGUUGCCACCGCCUUUGUGAAGAGGUGAAAGCGGAGCUGGGCGCGGAGCCUCCGAGCGGCGGUUUAAGCGGAGAGAGGCUCCGCUGUCAGGAUUCCAGCCAUGUCUGACAAAAGUGAAUUGAAGGCAGAGUUAGAGCGCAAAAAGCAACGCUUGGCGCAAAUCAGGGAGGAGAAGAAAAGAAAGGAGGAAGAAAGAAAGAAAAAGGAAACUGAUCAGAAGAAGGAAGCUCUUCCUGUACAAGAAGAGUCUGACCUUGAAAAGAAAAGAAGAGAAGCUGAAGCAUUGCUUCAAAGCAUGGGAUUAACGCCAGAUUCUCCUAUAGUCCCUCCUCCUAUGUCUCCAUCUUCCAAAUCUGUGAGUACUCCAAGUGAGGCUGGAAGCCAAGAUUCUGGUGAUGGUGCCGUUGGAUCUAGACGUGGGCCUAUUAAACUUGGAAUGGCUAAAAUUACACAAGUUGACUUUCCUCCUCGAGAAAUUGUUACAUACACAAAGGAGACUCAAACACCAGUUAUGACUCAACCAAAGGAAGAUGAUGAAGAAGAUGAUGAUGUGGUGGUACCAAAGCCAUCAAUCGAACCCGAAGAAGAAAAAACAUUGAAAAAUGAUGAAGAGGAGGAAGGAAAAUCCAACCUUUUUUUUUUUUUUUUUUUUUCCCCUCUUUAGCUUUCAGAAGAGGAAAAACAGCAAAUUUUGCACUCUGAAGAGUUUUUAAGUUUCUUUGACCAUUCUACAAGGAUUGUAGAAAGAGCUCUUUCUGAGCAGAUUAACAUUUUCUUUGACUACAGUGGAAGAGAUUUGGAAGACAAAGAAGGAGAGAUUCAAGCAGGCGCUAAACUGUCCUUAAACAGACAGUUUUUUGAUGAACGCUGGUCAAAGCAUCGUGUUGUUAGUUGUUUGGACUGGUCAUCUCAGUAUCCAGAAUUGCUUGUAGCCUCCUACAACAAUAAUGAAGAUGCCCCUCAUGAGCCUGAUGGUGUGGCUCUUGUGUGGAAUAUGAAAUACAAGAAAACUACCCCGGAGUAUGUCUUUCACUGCCAGUCAGCAGUGAUGUCGGCUACAUUUGCAAAAUUUCAUCCAAAUCUGGUGGUUGGUGGCACAUAUUCAGGCCAAAUUGUGCUAUGGGAUAAUCGCAGCAAUAAAAGAACCCCAGUGCAGAGAACUCCACUUUCAGCUGCUGCUCACACGCACCCUGUGUACUGUGUAAAUGUGGUUGGGACCCAAAAUGCUCAUAAUUUGAUUAGCAUCUCAACUGAUGGAAAGAUAUGCUCAUGGAGUCUGGACAUGCUUUCCCAACCGCAGGAUAGUAUGGAGUUGAUUCAUAAGCAAUCCAAGGCUGUAGCUGUCACGUGCAUGUCCUUUCCUGUUGGAGAUGUCAACAACUUCGUUGUUGGAAGUGAGGAAGGCUCUGUGUACACAGCAUGCCGCCAUGGCAGCAAAGCGGGAAUCAGUGAGAUGUUUGAAGGACACCAAGGACCAAUCACAGGUAUCCAUUGCCAUGCAGCAGUUGGACCUGUAGACUUCUCUCAUCUUUUUGUCACCUCAUCAUUUGACUGGACAGUAAAGCUUUGGACAACUAAGAAUAACAAGCCUCUCUACUCAUUUGAAGACAACUCAGACUAUGUUUAUGAUGUGAUGUGGUCUCCCACUCACCCUGCCCUGUUUGCUUGUGUGGAUGGAAUGGGUAGGCUUGAUCUGUGGAAUCUCAACAAUGAUACUGAGGUGCCAACUGCAAGCAUUACUGUGGAGGGUAAUCCUGCUCUUAAUCGUGUGAGAUGGACACAUUCUGGGCGAGAGAUUGCUGUAGGUGAUUCAGAAGGACAAAUAGUUAUAUAUGACGUGGGAGAGCAAAUUGCUGUUCCCCGCAAUGAUGAAUGGACACGUUUUGGUCGAACGCUAGCGGAAAUUAAUGCAAACAGAGCUGAUGCAGAGGAGGAAGCUGCAACCCGCAUACCUGCCUAAAUCUUUCAAAAUGGGUUCUAGUAGUGGAUUUGGGAAUGACUUAUGUAAGUUUUCAGAGUAAUAGCAUGUUUCAGUCUAACUGAUAACCUGAGGAGAAAUACGUGGAAUAAACUGUGGAUUUUGAAAAUGUAUAAAAUCACUGAAAAUUAAGUCUUGCAAUGUCACUUUUUUAUACAUAAUUACAAGCACAUUAUUGUUUAAUUUUUUAAUACAGCUGCCCUGACUUUGCAAGAAACAUGUUUUGCUGAAACACUAGCCUAGAUGUAUAUUAGCUGUAAUGCUAUUGAAUUUUUCAACUAACAGUAUGUAACUAUUUCUGAAGGAUAAACACAAGUUCCAUUUCUCAAUCAGAACUUCCUAUAUUACACUGGCUAAUUUUCAUUAGGUAGUUAAUCUCUGAAGGUUUGUUAAUAUUAGGAUAUUAGAACUGCCCACGGAAGUGCAUGCAUCUGUUCAAAGUAAACCUUCAUCUUGUUUCUGACUUGCUCUUUUUUAAUAAAUAAGCAAGACUAGGGUAGUAGGUUAUGUAUACGAAUAAAAUAAUUAGUCUGUAAUAAACUUUAUUUGGUCACUGAA